AUGAAGUUUUCCAUCUCCGUCAUCGCGUCGUGUAUGGCUUUGGCUGUUGCAUCCGCUGUCCCACCGACCACAUCAUCAAGCAUGAAGGUCAUAAUGGAUGACUUCUCCAAGCUUGGCACACAGUUCUCCAAGAUUGCGAGCGACGUCAACAGCUUCCCGCAGACCGGCAUAACAGGUGUGAACAACAUCCAAGCGGAUGCGGGAGCCAUUCACACACUCUUCACCGACGUGAUCAGCGAACUCGACAAUCUUGAGGCACCUCUGCCCGCGAACGACGUUAAGAGAAUCAUAUCAGUGUACAAUAGUUUCACUCCCGACAUCCUCGACUACCUCAACGGCAUCGCCCAAAAGUCGGCCGACUUCAAGUCCCUCAACUCGGCUGGCACGAUAUCACUUGACUUGUUGAAGUCUGCCAACAAGUGUGCCGUGCUCGAGUCUACUUUGAUGCCUAUGGUACCGACGACAAUGACGACCACCACUAGUGCUAUUUUUAAUGUUGUCGAUGCGGCAAGGCAGAACGCCUUGGCUGCUCUUUCGUAG